CCUCCACGACAAGAGCCUAUACUUUUAUUGUUAAGCAAUAAAUAGAAUUUCCUGUUGUUUUUUUUUUGCAAAAGGAAAAACGAUAUUUAUUUAUACUGUUAAUUCUCAAUUAUAAACAUCAAUACAUCAAAUAAGAUGAAGGUUUUUCAAAUUGUAUUUGACAUUAUUCCCCUCAAUAAUCUCAAAUAGUUAUUGACUUAUACAUCAGACAUUUACUACUUUUCCUACAAGAAUCAAUAAUUAUUAAAAGUCAUUAAUGCCAAAGCUAUAUACCAUGCGGGAAGUGAAAUACUUUAUUCUUAAAAUCCCAGUUUCUGUGAUUUUUGUAUUUUCAUGCACACUCGCUUUAUUGGUAACAAUUUUAGUUGAUUGGAUAUGGAUACAAGCAAUUAGAAAAUAUAAUCAAGAUUUUAUGUCUUAUCAAAAUAAUUCAGGUUUGUCAUUAAAAAUUUGGAUGAACGAUAAUCAUAUCCGUGAGCGAAGAGCGGAUUUAUUGGGAGUUAUCGAAGAUGGAAAUUACGAUAUUCCUGAAUUGCAAGCUCUUGGAUAUUGCGUUGGUACAUGUAUUCCUCCAUGUCAUUGUAUUUGUCAUGGAUGGCAUGAUAGAACCGAUAUUCCUAUCAAUUGGACCUGCACGAAUAUUAACAAUAAUCCAUCUGCUACCGAAAAUGUUGCAUUGAAACGAAUAUUUUCUAAACCAUCAAAACCAACUUGUCGUCCUAGGCCUACUACUAGAAAUGUUACUUUAGGUACAACUGCAAAUGUUACUAAAGGUACUACUCCAAGUGUGACUCCAACCACUGCUACAGAUUUUACAUCUUCUUCUCCGUUACUCUCGUCCACUGUUUUUUUACCCGCUAGCGAUAAUUAUCAUGACGGAGAUUAUGAUAAUAGUGAAAUUGAAGAUAUUCCAGGAAAUAGUAUUGCAAUCACAUCUCCAGAUAGAGAUGAUUUAGUUACUUCAACUGGUACGGUUUUGACUUCACCUUCUGGUGCCUCUUCAAUUGAUGGCGGUUCUUUAACAAUUGGUUCUGGUUCGUCUUCUACAAUUGGCAUAGGAGUAGCUUCUUCUUAUUCAUCAUCUGAUGAUGGUUCUAUUUCAUCUUCAACUGUUGUUCCAAUUAGAAACGAUUCACUUUCUGGGAUAGUGAAUAAUUCUGAAUCAAUUGCAAGUUCUGAAAGUACAACCGUAACUAGUUCUGUUGUGCAAGAUCAUACACAGAUUAAUACUCACUAUCCUUGUCCAAUUCAUUGCCAAUCUCCUUGUGAGUGCACAUGUUAUAUAGAUUGUGAUUGCUUUUGUAACAGCAUUGUAUUUCCGCCUCAAACCAGUAAACCAUCUGUUUCUAAACCUUCUGAGCCUCCUAAACCUUCUCAGUCUUCUGAAUCUUCUAAACCUUCUGAGCCUCCUAAACCUUCUCAGCCUUCUGAAUCUUCUAAACCUACUGAAUCUUCUAAACCUACAGAACCUACUGAACCUACUAAAUCUACUGUAACUGCUAUACCUACUGAACCUACUAUAUCUAAUGCACAUACUAAAUUUCCUUAUCUUACUCGACCCCCUUAUUUAACAAGACCCCCUUCAAUUCUCAAUUUUCCAGAAAUACCAAGACCUCCAACGCCUGAUCCACCUAUAAUUAUUGAAUUUCCUGUAAUUAUUAAUGAUCUAACAAAGCCACCUUGUCCAAUCUCUUGGGUGGGUCUUCUUUGUUGUCAAAAAAUAGAAAAAGUCAAAAAAAUCUUUGAUCGUACAGCUAAUGUAAUUUCAAAUGCUGUUCAAUCUGCAAUUGCAUUCAAAAUGCAUAUACUGAAUGUAUCGGCAAAAAUAAAAGCAAGUUUAUUUGGAAGUUUUUUUAAAAGGGAAGUAAAAAGAGUCCUUCGAAAUACACAAAAUAUUAAAGUUGAUCAAUUUUGCAUUAAUAAUCAAAUGGACUUUAAUAGUGCUAUGGAAAAAUUAAUAAAUGCUGUACAAAAAGAUCCUUUCAAAUUUCGAAAGAAAAAUGCAAAUGAAGAACUUCAAAAGAUAAUUUGUGUAUAAUUUUAUGAUCAAAAUUUUUGUAAUGAACAAUAUUGAAUAUUGUAAUAUCAUUAAUCAAUUAAUAAAUAAAUGUUAUACAUGUAUAA